AUGAUGAUGUUUGAGGAUAUUGGCUUCUGUGGCGACCUCGAUUUCUUUGCGAUGAAGGAAGCAGCAGACGUCUGCACUGCGCAGACGUCUGCUGCUAAUGCCGAUGCAGAGGCCGAGGGCCGGGGGGUUGGGGAGGAUGAUGACUACACGGACGAUGAGGAGAUCGACGUGGAUGAGCUGGAGAGGAGGAUGUGGAGGGACAAGAUGAGGCUGAAGAGGCUGAAGGAGAUGAAGAGCAAGGGGAGGGAAGGGGUUGAUGCUGCGAAGUCGCAGGAGCAGGCGAGGAGGAAGAAGAUGUCGAGGGCGCAGGACGGGAUCUUGAAGUACAUGUUGAAGAUGAUGGAGGUUUGCAAGGCUCAGGGCUUUGUGUACGGGAUUAUCCCGGAGAAGGGGAAGCCUGUGAGCGGAGCAUCUGAUAAUCUGCGGGAGUGGUGGAAGGAUAAGGUGAGAUUCGACCGGAAUGGGCCGGCUGCUAUUGCUAAAUACCAGGCGGACAACGCCAUCCUCCCCGGGGGGGAUGAGGGGUCCAGCCCCUUUGGGCCGACUCCUCACACGUUGCAGGAGCUCCAGGACACCACGCUUGGCUCGUUGCUGUCGGCUCUGAUGCAGCACUGCGAUCCGCCUCAGCGGAGGUUUCCGUUGGAGAGGGGCGUCCCACCUCCGUGGUGGCCCAACGGGAAGGAGGAGUGGUGGCAUCAGUUAGGCCUGUUGAAGGAUCAGGGCUCCCCUCCUUACAAGAAGCCUCAUGAUCUGAAGAAGGCGUGGAAGGUCGGGGUUCUGACGGCCGUGAUCAAGCAUAUGUCGCCCGACAUUGCCAAGAUCCGAAAGCUCGUGAGGCAGUCCAAGUGUUUGCAGGACAAGAUGACGGCCAAGGAGAGCGCGACGUGGCUGGCUAUAAUCAACCAGGAGGAAGCCCUGGCGAGGGAGCUCUACCCUGAUCGUUGCCCGCCCGUCUCUGGAUGCAGCAGCAGCGGGACAUUCCCGAUGAACCACAGCAGCGAGUACGACGUGGAUGUGGGCGACGAAGAGUCCAAUUUCGACGUGCAGGAGCAGAAACCGGCUGCUCUCGGGCUGUUGAACAUUGGGAUGGGUAGGUUUCAAGACCGGCUUCCGAUUCCAUUUCAGCAACAGUCCCGUGCGAUCGAAGACGAACUAAUCACCAGCUUGGAGUUCUCGAGGAAGAGGAAGCCCGGCUGCGAGCUCAACGUGAUAAUGGAUCAGAAGGUCUACACGUGCGAGUUUCUUCAAUGCCCGCACGCUGAGCACCACAAUGGCUUCCAUGACCGACAUUCCCGUGAUAAUCACCAGCUUUCUUGCCCUUACAAGCAUUUCAGCGUCAAGCCGGUGACCUUUCCUCAGGCCUUUGUCCAGCACAAGCCAUCUCCGUUGUCCGGUAACCAAACUCCAGCGCCACCCUUUGAUCUCUCCGGUCUAGGUGUCCCGGAAGACGGGCAGAGGAUGAUCAACGAGCUCAUGUCCUGCUACGACAACAAUGUGAUAGGAAACAAGAACGCAAAUGCCCCCAAGGAGCAGCAACGCAAUGUGCAUUGCCACCAAGACGUCGGCUACCUCCAGAGCCAAGGAAUGGUGCUGGGAGGCGGCCUAUUCGAUAACAACAACAACAACGUUCAUCACAACCCCACAAUGGUCCGAGCAGGGGAUGGGUUCGAUCAGUGCAACCACAACCCUAGUGCGAAUUUCCAGCUAAUGUUCAGUUCUCCGUUCAACGUUCCCGCUAUCGAUUUCUCGGAUAAUUUCGGGCCGAGGGAUAGCCUGGCGAAACAGGAUAUUUCAAUGUGGUACUGAAGAUAGUCUUGAUACAUUCUUUUUAAAAAAGUUUCACCUUUGUUUACUUACAUCUAUCUUGUGUUGUCUUUUUUGUUUAUGAUGUUAGAGUUUGUAGAUGUUGUGUAAUAAUCAAAGUGGGGAUUGUGGUAUCGUAUGGUGUCCCAUCUCUUUAAAGAUGCUUUGGUAGAAUGGAUAGAUGUCACAUAAAUAAGGUUGGAUUUUAUGAUAGUAUUUAUUUAAUACUUAUUUAAUUUAUAUUAUUGAUGUUA